AUGAGCUUUGGGUUUGGUAUCGGGGACUUCCUCGCGGUUAUCCAACUCGCUAACAAGACUCGAAAAGCAUUUGUCGAUGCGCCUAUUCAAUUUAAGAGCAUUUCUAAUGAAGUCAGAAGCCUCUCUCUCGUACUACAGGAUGUAGAGAUCGACAUAUCCGCAAAGGAGCUUAGCAGUCAGCAACAGGCUGAGCUACAAGAGAUAUCAACUGGUUGCAACGAGGCCCUUGCCGACAUUUUGAAGAAAAUUGAGGACUACACGGAGCUGUCGCCAACAAAUGAUGCAAAACGAAACAUCACCAAGCGGGUGUGGAAACGCCUGAAAUGGGAACCAAGCGACAUCCAAGAACUCCGCCUUCGAAUAAGCACCAAUAUCGCACUCCUGACUGCAUUCAAUGGACAAAUAAUAAAACGCAGCGUGGGAAAACUGGUGCAGCAUCAAGACGAGGUAGAGCGCCAGAAAAUCCUUGAUUGGAUUUCGCCGUCAAAUUAUGCCACUCAGCAAAGUGAUUACAUUGGUCGACGCGAGGAAGGUACUGGGCAGUGGUUUCUGGACUCAUCUGAAUUUGAAGAUUGGAUCUCCGGUUCAAAACAAACGCUUUUCUGUCCUGGUAUUCCAGGUGCCGGGAAAACAAUUCUAGCGUCGAUCGUGAUCGAUGAGCUCUAUGAUCGAUGCGGAAAUGGAAGUGAGGACAUUGCUAUUGUAUAUCUCUACUGCAAUUUUAAGCGGCACGAUGAGCAAAGCGCUGUCGAAAUGUUAUCAAGCAUUUUGAAACAAUUGGCGCAGUCACAGUCGUCGUUGCCUAGUAGCAUCCAAGAGAUGUAUGCUAAACAUGUGACUAAAGGAAUAAGACCUUCAAUGGGUGAAAUACGCAAGACCAUACAACAACUAUCACAGCAAAGCGACUUUGCAAAGGUUUACAUUGUAAUUGACGCUUUGGAUGAGUGUCGGGUGGAUGAUGGAUCGCGAACAAAACUCUUGCAUGCGAUCUUCGAACUUCAAGAUGCUUGCAACAUAAACUUUCUCGCUACUUCCCGGGUUAUUCUUGAAAUAACUGAAAUGUUCAAAGAGAAGCCAACGAUUGAGAUCCGUGCUAGCACGGCAGAUGUCAUGCGAUAUCUUCAGGGAAAUUUGGAAAUUCUCCCAGCAUUUGUUUCACGAAAUCCGGAAUUGCAAAUGGAGAUUUCAACGGAGAUAACUAGAGCUGUAGAUGGGAUGUUCCUCCUCGCCCAGCUUUACCUCAACUCUUUGGUCGGGAAAAGGUCACCAAAAGCAAUCAGAUCCGCGUUGAAAGACAUAUCUUCAAGUACAAAUCAAUACGAUUCCGCCUAUGGCGCUGCAAUGAAACGAAUCCAAGGACAGGUGUCUGAUAAAACAGAAUUGGCCAUGCAAGUUCUCGCAUGGGUUACUUGUGCUAAGAGACCGCUCACUACGGUGGAGCUGCAAAUUGCACUAGCAGUCGAAAUAAACGAACCAGACUUUGAGGAGGGCAAUCUCUCCGAUCUAAUUGACAUAGUCUCAGUCUGUGCCGGCUUAGUGACGAUCGAUGAACAAAGCGACGUCAUUCGACUAGUGCAUUAUACAACCCAGGAAUUCUUCCAGCGCAAUCAAUCAACUUGGUUCCCAAAUGCAAGCUGUUAUAUUGGCGGCAUCUGCGUGACAUAUUUGUCAUAUGGUAUUUUCAAAACAGGACAUUGCCACACAGAGGAAGAUUUCAUAUCGCGCAGAGAUGACUAUCCCUUUGUACUUUAUGCAGCUUCUUUCUGGGGUAGUCAUAUCCAAGAGUGCGAAGCGGACGGGAAAGCAUCUAUAGAUGAGGAAGCAAUUAUUGCACUGCUGCUAGACGGACCGAAAGUCAGCUCCUGUGUGCAGUUCAUGUGCUCCGCUGAUCGCCGGCUCCCCCCAUACGAGGCCAAUAUUAAGAAUAAUGGCUAUCCACUAAUCACCACGCAGCUUGCUACAGGUAUGCAUCUUGCAGCUUACUUUGAAUUGCUUGAUGUGACCCGAAAGUUGAUUUCAGUUGGCGGUUCAGUGGACUGCGUGGAUGCUGCUGGAAUGACCCCUUUGUCAUGGGCAGCACAACGGAACCACCCGGAUGCCGUCACAUUACUCCUAGAAAAUGGCGCAAAUCCGAACAUCAAGGACAACCGAGGCACAACAUCCCUGUUUUUUGCAGCCAGGUGCGGUCAUGAACGAGUACUGCAGUUACUACUCGAAGCAAACGGUGAUUUGCUGUAUGACAAUGUGGGUCGACCCCUACUUCAUGCUUCAGCCAUGAGUGGAUCAGAGGAGGUUACCCGUUUUCUUUUGAAGCAAGGGCUUGCCGCACAUGCAAAAGAUAACAGAGGCCACACUCCGUUAUUCCUAGCGGCUUUAGAAGGUCAUUUGAAUCUGGUGCAGCUUUUUAUUGACUGGAAUCGGGAUAUUGAUACCCAAGAUAUUGAAUUGGAUGCGUCGAUGACGGUGGCGGCGCGGAAUGGCAAUGAGGCAAUAGUUCAAUUUCUCUUGGACAGGGGUGCUGAUCCCAAUAAUUUCCAUUUUCGCAAUAUGACCCCACUCAUGCACGCAACAGCAUCAGCCAAUGUGUCGGUAGUACAACUGUUGUUAGAGUUGGGUGUUGAUUUGGAGAUCAAAGACAACAAGGGUCUGACCGCACUGAGUCACGCAGCAAGGUGUAGGAAUACAGAAGCAGUGAUUCAGCUCCUCCUAGAGAAGGGCGCCGACACCAACACUAAGGACAAUGAUAGUCGUGGUGUGGUUUUCUACGCAGCCUCGGAGAACAGAUAUAACAACCUGACUGCUCUUUUUACUUCGACUAAUAUCAGGAACAUUCACCAGCCCGAUCUACAUGGCCGAACACCUCUACAUGUUGCUGCAACCCGCGGUCAUUUACAAUCAGUUCUUACACUUCUGAAAAGCGAUGGUGUGGAUUCUGAAGCUCAAGAUAAGUUCGGUCGCACACCACUAUCCGACGCUAUUGUGCGAAAGAGAUUUGAUGUGGUGAAAGCCCUUGAGACAUUUUCCGAGACAAGCUCUCAAGUGACAGUUGGGCCAGUAGUUGAAGCCACCUCUCAACCGGUGGUGCAUGUACUUUGUGAUAUUUGUGGUGUUGAUAUAUUGAAGGGCGAGGCUUUCUACUAUUGUAUCAUUUGUAGUGGAGGGGACUUUGAUAUCUGCGAAGUGUGCUAUUAUCUCGGGGCACGAUGCCUGGAUUUCUCACAUGAGAUGGAGUUACGGCACGAAAGAGGAUUUGCCCUAUGGUAG